UUUAGGUACAUAGUAUUGCUUUACUUGGAACCGCGGAUUUACACUUAUAUUUUUCAACUCUCUUUACCAAUUACGCCCAUUAAGUUUUGUAAAUCGCCCAUGUUCAUCGCAUAACUGACGCUGCUUCGCAAUAUUCAAGCUGGCGGGCGCAUAAAAUAACAUCAACAUCGACGUCAACGUCAACAUGUACGACGACUACGAUCAUCGGCCUCACGACGAGCGUGACUACCACAGACGUAGAUCGCCUGCUCCUAGGGACCACCACUAUCGUUCGCGGCAUGAAUCCUCUAGAUCACCUAGAAGGACGCCUCCAAAGGGACCAAGAGGGGACGAAUCCUAUCGCACUCGGCGCUCUCCCGCCGGGAGAAGAUACCAUUCGCCUCACCGACGAGACGCCUCUCCUGAAUACCGCAAUCAUUACACGGAUCGCUCCAUGAAACCUAGCGGCGAAACCUACGACCGGGAAUCCGAAUAUUCGCCCCCGUACGACCGCGAUCGCGGUCGAUAUUAUACAGAUCACGAUGAUCCCCGAGGACGUUACAAUCGAAGUCCCCGACGCGCCAAUUCGGGCGCUUCCUCCCCUUUCGAUUCUGGCGAUGACAAUCAUUACCAUGAUAGCCGUCGUCCUAGGUCUGGAAGACCCUACCAUACCUUGAAGUUGGACGACAUACCUGAGAGAAUGAGCGUGCAAGAGAUUGAUUCUACCAUGCGGGAUUUGGGAGCUACUGGUCUUGUCGAGAUCCGCAUCAAAUCAGACGACAGAAGUGGCAACCGUCGAUUGUACGCGUUUGCCGAGUUCAGGUCCGAAGAUGAUGCUGUCGACUUUUACGAGAGAAACUACCCUGGCCUUGAGAUAGCCAACCCUCGUGGUUCCCCCAUUCGUAUACCUAUUGAGUAUAGUCGAGAGCGGCGUCAUAUUGCUAACCCGGACGAUUGGAAAUGCACCAUGUGCCAUUUCGAAAACUUCUCGCGCCGAGCUACCUGCAAACAAUGCAAAGCGCCUAGGACAUCGGAGAAUACCGCCGACAUGAAGCUUGAUGGCAAAAGCGAUGAAUGCCCACAGCAGACGCCAUCCCAGUUCAUUGUCAUUCGCGAACUGGCUUCUUCUGUCGUCGAGACUACGUUGGCCAAUGACAUCAAGAAGCUCUACGUGACUAAGGAAGAAGAGCCUAGGCCAUCAUCUAGUGCUCCAAAUAAACUCAAGAGUACAGCUCCGAUUGGCAAUACCAGCGGAUUGGGCGCCAAGCCUGGCUCGCUGGUACGCGUUUUCAUGAUUCGCGAUAAAUAUUCGGAUAUCAGUUGUAAUUAUGGGUUUGCCGAAUUUUCAACUCUAGACGAUGCUCGAGCCGCUAUGGCCAAGUAUAAUGCUUCUCCUCAGUUUACGGUUGCUUCAAAGCCUGUUUCUAUCGCCUUCAUCCAUUCUGGCGUCUUUAUACCCGUUCUACACCCCAUACAAGGCGAAGAUCGCCGGUUCACUUUCGCGGCAACCCAUAACGAGUCUCUGAGACUGGUAUAUUGGAACCCGUCGGUGUAUGCUAACGAGCUUAUAAUAUUCAAUGAGGCUUUAUAUGAGGAUAAGCCAUCCAAUACAGAGCAGCUCAAAGACGACGCCGACCGACCGCCGGGCAAGGAUACCAAAAAGAGGAAAGCGGAGAAGGAUCUUACCGCUCCCAAUGGCAAGAAGGUCAUUGCGAUGGCCCCUCAACUACAGAUGUGGGCAAACAAGCAUGCCGAACUUCACGGACCGAAGGAGUCGAGCAAUAGGACAGAACCUGUCGAAAUUAGGGCUCCCGUGACUGGUUCUAAUGCUAUUGGCCCCCCGAUUCUAAACUCUCCGGCUCCAGUAUCAACAGCCUUUGUUUCGUACGCUGACCUUGAUCAAAUGUGUUGCCUACUCUGUAGACGUAAGUUCAAGAGUGAGCCCUCGCUCCGCCGACAUGAGCAGAUAAGCGAUAUGCACAAGGCCAAUCUCGACAACGACGCGGCAAUUGCCAAGGCAACCGCAGACUUGAAAGUACUUGGCAAGGAACCUGUAUCCAGUUAUCGAGAUCGGGCCAAGGAGCGACGAAUGGCGCACAACCAGCCCAGCAAACCAAAGCCUCACCUUCCUCGAAAACACCCCCAGGCGAACAAGGAUGGAGGGCAAGCAGUGGAGGUACCACCUGCAAAACCUGCAGUGUCAAAAGGGGCGGGAUUACUGGCGAAAAUGGGAUGGAGCACGGGCGAAGGCCUCGGAGCCGAAGGGGGUGGACGAACCGCUAUCAUCGAGACUAUGGCCUAUACUCCUGGGGUGGGCCUUGGAGCUGAGGGCGGCAAGAUCGGAGACGCUGCUGAAGAAGCAGCUCGAGCUACAAAAAGUGAUUACUCAGAUUUCGUUUCGAAGGCCAAAGAUAAAGCACGAGAGCGGUAUGAGAGGAUGAAUUAGUGCGCUACACUCCCCUUAGUGUAUUGGCAUGUAUUGUUACCUUAGGUAUCAAGGUUAACCUUGAGCAGUUUUAGGUAGAGCAUAUUAAUAGCUCGUUUAAAUGAUAUUGACGGUUGUGUUAGUAAACCACUUGCCACACUUUUAUCGAUGCUAGCAGCAGCACGUAUACAUAUUUAGCAUUCUACACUAAAUGGCUUUACUGGUUUUAGCGUAAACUGUUCUAUUCAUCUAUCCUUCAGCUUAUUUCCGACAGCUCGGGGAGGGAGCGGUUCCUUAGAUACCUUACUAACACGUAGG